UUCCCCAACAAGAGUCGGUGAAAACCCCACUCCUUCAUUUAAGAAAGUAUUUAUCAUCAAAUUCUUGUUUCAAACCUUAGUUAAUUCUUGAUCGUGUCAUGUUCUUCCAGAAACCCGGAAUUCUGAAUUCUUGGUGCUACUAUGAUGGAUUUCACGACGAAUAAUGAGAGGAGGCAGGUAAGUGUUGAAGAAGAAAAUGGAAUGGGUAAGUUGCCAGAGCAUGUGAUGGACUCAAUCUUAGAGCGGCUUCCACUCCAAGAUAUCAUAAGGACAAGCAUUCUUUCAAAAAAGUGGAGGUACAAAUGGACCACAAUGAAGGCAGUGGUUUUUGAUGAGCAAAUUUCCAACAAGUUGGCCGAAAAUGGAGCGUUUGGUAGACAUGGGUUUACAAGGGUCAUAAACCAAGUCUUGCUCCUUCACAAGGGUUCUUCUAUCUCUAAGUUUUAUUUAUAUAUACCCAACAUGUUCCUUGAUAGCUUCCAAGAAGUUGAUCAGUGGAUAUUCUUCUUAUCAACAAAAGGUGUAGAGGAUCUCACUAUUGCUAACUCAAUUCAACUUUAUCAACUUCCAUCUUGCCUGUUCUCUUGUCUUGAGCUGAGAAAGUUGGAACUUGGUAAAUGUAUCUUCAAGCCACCACUUCAGUUUGAAGGAUUUCCCUAUCUCGAAAGUCUCACUCUCAAUAACAUUGAUUUUACGACGACUGACGUAGUGAUCAACUUACCACAUCUUACUAAGUUAAUCUUGCGUUAUUGUACCAAUGUAUACAAUCUUAAAAUCAAGGCCACUAAAUUACUGAAUUUGGUUGUCAUCGGUUGCCCUGAUGUCAUGUUUCUUGAGUUAUUGCAUAGUCAACGUGUUGGUUUUCUUUGUGCUCGUCUCCAGAAACCCGUAAAAGAUUUUGUAAGACUUGAAAGGAUGAAUCUCGCAUUGAUGUUCACUAAGAUGCCUUAUCUUGUACGGUUAUUUAUUGAUGCUCAUUUUCUUAAGGAUUUUAUUGCAGAAAAGCGCAAGUGGUUUCCGCACACAGUUAAUUUUUUAAAGUGUUUGCGGUUGUAUUCUUUUUCACCCGGUGAUUUGGAUCAUCUCUAUGGUGGUCUUUGUUUGCUUCGAAACUCACCGAAUCUAGAAGAAUUGCAUGUGAUUCAUAUUAAGACGGAGUCUGAAUUGAUGCAUCAUGGUGUGGAAGCAACUUCAAAUCAUUUGGAAUCACCAAACUGCUUGGACCAAACAUUGAAUCGGUUGCGAACUGUUCAAUUAUCGCACCUACAAGGAUCGAAACCAGAAUUGCUUUUUAUAAAGCUUUUACUUGCUCAUUCCCCUUCUCUUGAGAAGUUUACCAUUCAAUCAGAUGGGACUUGGGAUGCUAAUAAAAGGUUUAACAUUACUAAGGAUGUUAUGCGGUUCCCUCGAGCCUCAUCGAAAGCAGAACUGAUCUACUUGGACCCCAAGUCAUGAUGCUUUAAGAAAAAUUGGUUGGAAGAAGUGGAAGGGUUAUAUUUAGGGUAUACUAGUUCUCCUCAAGAAAGUUAAAAGGUAGUUCAUUCCCGUAUCUUUGAUAAAUGUUUGGUAAAUCGGUGACUGGUAUAAUAUAAGAAUUGUGAUGUAUGAAAAAUG